CUCAAAAUACAGAGACAUCAUGAGAACUCAACCAAACAUCAUCGUGACUGGCACCCCAGGGGUAGGCAAGACCACCCACUGCGAGACUCUUGCGCAAAAUACCGGACUGAAACACCUCUCUAUAAACGAUAUCGUGAAGGAGCGGGGCUGCCACGAUGGAUACGAUGAGGAAUUCAAGAGCUGGAUUGUAGACGAAGACAAGUUACUUGACUCCAUCGAAGACGAAGUGAAGCAGGGCGGAUACAUAAUAGACUGGCACGCGUGCGACUUGUUCCCGAAGAGCUGGAUCGACCUGGUGGUUGUUCUGCGAGUGGAUUCAACGCUUCUAUAUGACCGACUGAAGGCCAGAGAUUACCCCGAAGUCAAGCUCCAGGAGAAUCUUGAUUCUGAAAUCAUGGAGGUGCUGCUCCAAGAAGCCAGGGAUUCCUACGAUGAAGAGAUAGUUGUCGAACUGACGAGCAAUACUUCGGAUGAUAUGGAGAGCAACAUAGAGCGGAUUGAGACUUGGAUCGCGCAUUGGAAGGAGAACAACGCGGGGAAUGCUUGAUAGGAGGUCUAAUUGCUGCUCUAUGGUAUAUCUACGAUUCUUCCAGCCACUUCUUGAGCUUCUCCAAAGCCUUGAAACGAUGCGAGAUCU